AUGCGAGGUGGCGAUGAAAAGUUAUUGUUCGAACCCGCUUCCCAACAUCUAUCUAUCUAUCUAUCUAUCUAUCUAUCUAUCUAUCUAUCUCAUACUAUCAUUAUCUAUCUAUCUAUCUAUCUAUCUAUCUAUCUAUCUAUCUAUCUAUCUAACCAAACAUACGAAUUUUCUUUUUUUCAUCACAACUUUGAGGAAAAGCGUCCAAUCUACCAGAGCCAUCAUUUUUCGAGCCGAGGUGUCUUCUCACUAACGUUACAACACUAUCUAUCUAUCUAUCUAUCUAUCUAUCUAUCUAUCUAUCUAUCUAUCUAUCUAUCUAUCUACCACACAUCAUAUUUGCCUAUCUAUCUAUCUAUCUAUCUAUCUAUCUAUCUAUCUAUCUCAUUUUCUUCAUAUCUAUCUAUCUAUCUAUCUAUCUAUCUAUCUAUCUAUCUAUCUAUCUGUCUAAGUUUCUUCAUAUCUAUCUAUCUAUCUAUCUAUCUAUCUAUCUAUCUAUCUAUCUCAUUUCUUCAUAUCUGUCUAUUCUAUCUCCAGUUUCUUCAUUCUAUCUAUCUAUCUAUCUAUCUAUCUAUCUAUCUAUCUAUCUAUCUAUCAUCUAUCUAUCUCAGUUUCUUCAUAUUCUAUCUAUCUAUCUAUCUAUCUAUCUAUUAUCUAUCUCAGUUUCUUCAUAUCUAUCUAUCUAUCUAUCUAUCUAUCUAUCUAUCUAUCUAUCUAUCUAUCUAUCUGUCCCUAUUAUCUCUGUCUAUAUAUAUUUAUAUUCAGGCAGAUAUUUUUAUAUAUGUUGAGCAAACGCAUUCACAUUCAUAUCUAUGUUGUGUGUGA